UCGGCGGGCUGAGUUCAUUAACUCCUGCUGGAUGUGGACAAUGCUGACAUUGACGGAUGCGACCGGGCUGGACCGUCUUUUCUCGCCAUCCUUCCCUCUGACACGAAUCCCUUCACUUCAAAAUAGCGUCGGUUCACAACACGUGUGUUUCCGAGACUGAUCCCUUUAAAGAGGGGGGGGACUCAACAAAAUCGGAGCAGCGACGAAUAAACACGGACGAGGAUUGAGCAACUUUAUCCGAUUUUCCCACUCCGUCUCCUGGCAUGGAGAGUUUGCAAAGACGCACCGUAGAGACUCAUAAUGAGGAUCCGAUGCGAGGGACCGUUCAGAUCAUGCCGCAAUACGACCGAGCUGAGUAACAAAUGGAUAGAUGCAAACAAAAGGGGUGAACUGGCUCCUGAAGAAGAGAAACCCCGUGUCGGAUUUUCCUUAGGAGUCCUGGGCAAGAAGCCGAAAACCAGUCACGACUGUCAGCUGGGUGUUAGUUUAAUGGUAAUGGACGCUGAAAAUUAUAGCAUAUUAUUUGAUUAUAAUCAUCAUCACCAUCAUUCACAAACGCCGGGGUCCAGGUCAGCGGAGUUUUCAUGGCGUUAACCCCGGACUCGCUGGCUCCCGAAGCUGCGGUCUGCGUUGCCGUUUUCAUACACAUCCGAAGUGAAUCCGAAAUGAACAACUUCGGACCGCAGGAGAGGCGGCGGCCGGGCAAUUAGAGCCCAGAAAGCUGGGCGAAAAGUACGGGCUCGCCGACGAGUCUGUGAACGGGCCACCGAGGGAUCCCGUCCAUCCCGGCAUCCACCAACAUGAGCUGGAGCUUCCUCACCCGGCUGCUGGAGGAGAUCCACAACCACUCCACCUUCGUGGGGAAGCUGUGGCUGACGGUGCUCAUCGUCUUCCGCAUCGUGCUCACCGCCGUCGGCGGGGAGUCCAUCUACUAUGAUGAGCAGAGCAAGUUCGUCUGCAACUCGGGCCAGCCGGGCUGCGAGAACGUCUGCUACGACGCCUUCGCCCCGCUCUCGCACGUGCGCUUCUGGGUCUUCCAGAUCAUCCUGGUGGCCAUGCCCUCCCUCAUGUACCUCGGCUACGCCAUUCACAAGAUCGCCCGGCUGGAGGAGGGAAAGGUGGGCGGCGGAAGCGGCGGCUACACUCACCGGAGGCCACGCAAGAUGUUUUUCGGUGGCCGGCGGCAGGCCCGUGGGCUGGAGGAGACGGAGGACGACCAGGAGGAGGACCCAAUGAUCUACGAGGUUCCCGAGUUAGAGACACGCAACGAGCCACUACGGGCAAAGACCAAGAACCGCCACGACGGGCGGCGGCGCAUCAAAGAGGACGGGUUGAUGCGUAUCUAUGUGCUGCAGCUGGUGUCCCGCACGAUGCUGGAAGUGGCUUUUCUGGUGGGCCAGUAUGCCCUGUAUGGGUUCGCCGUGCCACCAGUCUUUGUCUGCUCAGGCAAACCCUGCCCGCAUAGAGUGGACUGCUUCGUGUCACGACCCACGGAGAAGACCAUCUUCCUCAUCAUCAUGUAUGGCGUGACCGUGCUAUGUUUGGUGCUCAAUGUCUGGGAGAUGCUGCAUCUGGGUGUGGGUACCAUCUGCGACAUCCUACGUCGUCGUCGCUGCCCACCCCAAGAAGAACAGUAUCAACUGGGAUCCUUGGGGCCGGGAAUGGCCGUGAGAGGUCCUGGUCUGCCUGGGAGUGAAGCCGGGGCAACAGGCAUUGACGGAGACUACGGCAGCUACCCCUUCUCCUGGACUGCCCCAUCGGCGCCACCUGGCUACAACAUCAUAGUCAAGCCAGAUCAGAUCCAGUUCACAGACUUGAGCAACACCAAGAUGGCCUGCAAGCAGAACCGGGUCAACAUUGCUCAAGAGGAGCAGCAGCAGUUUGGAAGUAAUGAGGACAACUUCCCCUUGGGUGAGGGACGGGUCUCCAUUCAGAAGGAGAUGCGGCAGUCCCAGGACCGCCUGGAGCCUACAGUCCAGACCUACAGCCACCAACAUCAUGAGGAGGCUGACAAGCACCAGAGCAACCUUGGCCAGCCCCCAGUGGAGCACAAGCACCACCCAGGCUCAAAGCAUGGGGGCAGUAAGGGCAGGGCAGGUAGGGGCAGUAACAGUAGUGGUAGCAGCAGCAAGUCUGUGGAGGGUAAGCCUUCAGUGUGGAUUUAAUGCCUUCACACUAGCUACGCUUCCUAUCUCUGGACACUUGAAUCUUACCUUAGGAGAGUGUCCUAAUACUCUGGGCUACAGGACGGAGACCUGUCAUCUCCAGCAGGCUUGUGAAUCCUCAUAGACAGGAAUCCAGCGUUUUCAUGUUGGAAGACAGAUGUUGAAGGGAUAGAAACGGUGCCUGCAGAGGACGGAGCCCACAUGAGUAAAUGCUACAGCACUACAAUGAAGAACAGACCGAUACUGUACCCCCAGAUUUUUGUUGAUGACGAGAAGAUGACAGAUGAGUCUCCAUGCUGCUGUCUGCUGACAGUGUACCUCAGUGUCGCUCACAAACAGAGUCGUCUUUUCUCCUCAAGAUUCGAGUAUCUGUCUUGGACUUUUCCGCUUCUGGUUUUUGGGAUUUGAAAUGGCAUGAACCUUUUUUUUGUUUCUCUGAUUCCGUAUCCUGUUUGACAUUCAGUUCCAUGAUGUUGUUCAAAAAGUCGGAGAUGCAUUUGGUAGAAUUUUGUGUCAAUGUCUGUGCUGACAUAUGCUACUUCCCCUGUAGGAAAUAAGUAAAUAAUGCAUAUUAAACCCUCUUCAGCCUGAAGGAGGGCAUAUGUUUGUGAGAAAGAGUGGUGGGAAGACAGGAUUUCAGUGGCAAACAAAGUGCCUUGAAGUGUUUCAGGAGGUCUGGUUCCUCGUUAGGGUUUUUUUUUCCAGUCUCUGGGGGAGUUUUUCCUUGCCACUUUCACCUCAGGCUAACUCUCUGGGGACUUCAGGCCCGGGAAUCUGUGCUUUGUGACAAAUGCUCUUUGGUGACCGAGGAAGGCAUGGAAUCACUUGUGACUGGAGAGAAACGAUUGUAGGGAACAGAGUCCAGAAGAUAACCAAGAGCAUACAGGUGCUGUUCUUGACGCGGCGUAUCGGACGUGGGAAUCGAAUGAUGAUGCCUUAGUCUCUGGCUUCAUCUACAUGCCAAUCCUGCUCAUCUCUGUCUUGUUCUGGGGAAACCAAACACUUCAACACUUUCUUCAUUCUCAAAGGGGAGCGAAUUUCAGGUGGCUGUUCCACAAAGCAAGGUGGCUACUUCACUAGUUUCAGGAUCUACGUUCGGUGACCCCUCUGUCUGUCUUCAUCAUUGGGUAUUCUGAAUACCGUCUUGUAGCAGAUGGAUGGAGGAUCUGGGCCACAGCCUGCGUUGUCUUAUGCCUGUACCAUCUCCCAGGGCGUGCUUUCCAGCUCAUCGCAUCCAUUCCAUGAGGAGGAAGAUGAAAAGAUUAAUUAACAAAGAAGUUGCCUCAGGGAUAGAUAUUUUGUCGUGCAUGUGUCAAUAAAGCUCCCCUUCAGGAUUUGGAGUUAAAAUGUCAUUUACUUCUUUUCCACCCUUUGGAUGACUUCUUUUAAGUUUACAGUGCUUUCAGUUGUGAGUAGAACCUCUCUCUGGCUCUUGACUGCCCCCUAAUGGUCAAAGACAUUGAUGCAGACAUUUUUAUGGAUGAACUCAGAGGACGGUGACUUGGUCUUUGUUAUGCUUCAAAAACAGCCAAAAAUAGCGAAUAGAGACGAUAAAACAGAAGAAAAAAUAAGAAAAUGAAUGAAAUAUCAUUUGGUUUAGAUUUGUACGUGUUCUGCAAUGGGUUCGAUCCACAGUACUUUAAAUGCAUCUCUGGAGUCUGCAUUUAUUGUACGGUGAGCAAAGGUAUUUUUUUUUUGUUUUUUUUAUUAUUCCUGAUUGUGGCCAUUAUAUGUUACCGAUACCGAUAUUACUCUUCUAUGCGCCAGUCGCAGUCGUUCAGGCCUAGCUAGGGGCGGAUGCUUAUCAUUGUGGCGAAAUGGACCGAUCUUUCUUAAAACCCUUUUUUUUAAAAGAGUCAGUCACUUCAGUCAGGCCGUAAACGAUGUGAUGUCCGUAGUUAGCUGGUACUGUUACCGCCGACGAGGCUGGCGGCUCGUGUCGUCUCCGCCCGUGACAGCAGGUGGCGCCGCUUCUUUCGCACAACGUGAAGAGUCUUCCUCAAUUCAGGGCUUCUUGACUUUCCGGAUCUUCCACAUGAUGUCUGAAGCAAAAGUGAAGACCACUGAAAUAGCACUGUCUUCAAAAGUGUUACGUUCGUUUUUUUUUAUUUGUCGUCAGGGGGUCAUUGGAAUCUCUGACACCGAAAGACCAGGCACUGUUUUCGUUUUAACAGCUUACGCCGCAAGGUAAUGAACUUCUGUGAAGCUCCGUUGUCUUGUGGUUUGGUAAGAAAAGCUGUAGCCAUAGUAUUAUGGACUUAAAAUGUAUUCUAUUUCAAUCCUGUUUUCAUUCAGUAUUUGCUAAUGGUUUAAUUGUCGUGGGUUGUGUAUUUCAGUGUAGCAUGUUUCAGAAACGGUUUCUGAAAGGGUUGCAACAAAAAGAGUGUGUUUGGUAUUAAUGAAGGAUUACGUUAAGAUUCCAAGGGAGAAAAAAAGUUUCAAUAAAUGAUGUCGGAUAGAUCUCCAUAAAAAAUAGUUUUCAUUCAUAUUGUAUGCUCAGUUUGGUAUGAUAAAUUCAGUUUAUUUACAAUGGUUUAAAAAAAAAAAUCCCAGAAUGCUGUGCGUGUGGGUUCAGCCUGGCUUUCAUUGUGACACCAAAGACUGUAGGAGGUCCAGUGAAAACGCAGCAACAAGGUCAUGUUAAUAGUUUGGAAACUGGUGUCCAAGAUAUCAUGCAGUGCUGACAGUGGCAUUCGCAGUUCACUGUACCGUUCAGUAACCAGAGCUUAGGGAUGCUACUGGUCUUCAGACUGGUACAUGCCGGCCCAUCGCCACAGGCCAUAGGCUUUGCUGACUUUCUCUCAACCUCAGCUCCUAUUUCCUUAAGUGGAAUUAUUUGGAUAGUAAGUCAUCUAGCUUUCAGGUGUUUUAAGAAUCAGUCAGGUGUUAAUUAAGCUAUUAGAGUAUUUGACCAACCAGGCCCUCAGCCCUGGAGGGGGCUGGGCUGUACGUUCUGGCUUUAGAAUAUAAAUCGUGGCAGCAGAUGGUGUUGACUCAUUGAAUUACAGUAAGCAGCGAAAACUGUUAAUGAAAUGAAAACAUGCAGGCAGCAGACCAGGCUUGGAGAGUCAAGCUGCUCAUUGUUUGGAGUUAGUUGGACACCCAGGUCAUUCAUCUUUUUCGAUGGGUAAGAAAUGAGAAGCUAGCAACCCUCCUAUAAUGUGGGUUGGUCGUGUUGCUCUGUCGCUGUUGUUCGGGGCUCAGCCGGCUGACUUUGUCUCCAGUGCAGCUGCAGAACAGGUCUUUGGUGUCAGUGCCUAAUUCCCACAGGAUCUCUCUGCCGGCGACCCCUUCUUCGAGAAUUAGCUGGGGGUCCUUCUCUCCCAAGGCUCCCUGUUUUCAGUUCAUGGGGAGUACAGUCAGGCACACUUGCAUAUCAUGGUCCUGGACGUCUUUGUCGGUCUCUGAUUUUACAACAGAUGGGGGGGGGAGAAAGCAUAGUUUCAAAUAAAUAAUUAUAUACAGUGCUAAUCAAAAAUCUGGACGCACCUGCUUUUGAUGUGCUUCUCUCUAUUUUAGCUGUUAUUCACCUUAGAGUAAAAGGCCUUGAGGAAACGAAGUAAUACAUAUCAAAUAUUGCCACGGCCAGGAGAAGCGUUCAACAUCUCAGAAUUUUCUCAAAUUUGAGACUUUUCCAAAUAUCCAUCUGUCAGCACUCCAUCUCUUUCCUUGUUCACAAGAUAACCCUUACUACACCCCCUCGAGGUGGGCUUAGGGUCAGUAACUUGUUGAAAAAUAAACGAUUUUCAGUGGAUGUGUCCAGAUUUUUCACUGGUAUAGUAUAUGUGUCCCGGUAUCUCGGCACUCUUUCCAGCAGUAUGUUCCGUCAUCGUGACUGUGACCUCCGCUGUCAUAUUAGUGGACACUGACUUUGCUCUGGUAACAAGUGUGAGUCUUCAUUUCCGUGAGGCUGUGCAAGAAUGGAGCUCUGUGAGCCCAGUAGCUACAAAUCCACCCCACAGAUGAUACCAUUUCAUGCAUUCAGGGGCCCCUGUAAAGCACUGGGCCCCCAGAAUCUGCCAGGGUAUCCAUGCCCCUACUGGUGAGUGCUUGAUUUUUGAGACGUCAGCCUUGGUUUAAAUACUUCACAGGGUGUUUCUUACCAGAUUAACUGAAUCCUCAUUCCCUUUAAAGACUCUGCAAAGUGGAUGCAAGACCGGUCUGCGGUCUGGACCUCCUUCACACAGUCAGUGUGGCUAUAUGAGCCAAACUUGUUUACAAACAAUGGGGGGGAAAUGAUCUGGGGGGGUAUUCUGUAAAGCAGGAUUUCCCAGUUAGCUGGAUAACUUAAGCCAAAAGUGAAACUGUCGAAUAGGAAGUGAGGUAAGUGACAUUCCUAUUGGACAAUCUUUACAUUUGGCUUAACUUAUCUGGCUAAUAAAAAUAAUCCUGCUUUAUGCAAUACCCCCCUUUUUCCAGAAGAAUAGUGCUUGUCAAUUGAUGUGUUUGUUCUGUGUUAAGGUAUGUACAGGGAUCUGACCCUAACCAGCAAGUUUACUGUAUGUGUGUUUGAAAUACCUUUCCUUUUAUAUUGUCGGGUGUCAUGCUGGAAGACCUUUCCACUUUUUUGACAAAUGUUUCCACUUUUGAAACUUUUUUAUGCGUUAAAAAAAAAAAAAUCCCCAAAUGCAUGUUCAAAGUUAUUUUGCUAAGAAAAUGAAAAAUAAAUUUAUCCUUCUGGUACAA